AUGGCUAGUUGGCAGAAACCUAAGAAUCCAUCGACGACAGUGCCCGUACAGUCCCUCUGGCGUCAGAAGUCCUUCGCAAAUGCUAUUAGAGGAGAGAACUCGAGCACUGCGAGCACGGCGCCGAGCAGUACGCAGCACGCAGAUGUAGCGCAGCUCUUAUCGGCAAAUGCUGUGCCCGUUUCGCGCCUCAGUCCAACGAGUAGACGAGUGAGCCCCGAGCAAAACUCCGUCUCAUCUGGCUUAAACCUCCUCAACGUUCAGCCUUCGUUUAAUCAUCUAGAAACUCUACAGCAGCGACUCGCGGAAACGCAAAGAAAUCUCAGGGAGAUAGAUGGCGCUAUUCACAAACUGGACAGUAUGCUUCACGAAGAUCGACCCAAACUGGAACUUGAGUCGCUAGAAAAGACAAGAGCAGUUUCGUCGGAACAAGCGGAAACACUGCGAAAAGCAGCUCUUUCGUUGGAACGCGAAGUACGCCGCUCGCAGCACUUGAAGGAAUUGACGGAAGAAAUCAACGACGACUCAGACGACCUUUUCAACUUGAUUGAGUUGGAGCGCGUGAAGAAUGCAGAGGAGUACGAGCAGCAGCUUCGCCAGGAGCAGAACAACUCUCCCUCGACAUCGUCAACUUCGUCGAGCUCCGAAAAUGAUUCCGAUCGACCAAGCAACACCACGCCCGAGCCGAGCAGAACGCCUACUAUGUUUAACGUGAACGCAAGCGAGUUCAAGCCGUCAACCAAAAGUCCGAAAACGUCGGAGCCUUCAAGUCAUGUUAACUUCCAACAACUCGACCCUUCUACGCAAAAAGUGACUUACCACCAGCCUGGCUUCACGUUGUUUUACCCCAUUCGACCCCCAAUGUCAAAUAAUGUGGUUUGUGUGCCCGAAGAGGCGUCGACGAUUGGACAGAUCGUCGGACCUGGCAUCUGA